CCAGUCCUGCUCCCUCCUCCUCUCGGUGCCUCUUUCUCCGCCCCGCUCCCCCCCAAACACACUCGCACACGGGCUCUCAAGGUGUUCUCCGCACAGCGGAAGAUGGCGACAGACUGAGGGGGCAUGGCCAGCGGGAGCCACGGGGCCGUGCCGCUCGGCGGCCGCCACAGCGGUGUGAACGAGAGGCGGAAGCGAGAGGCGCACUAAGUAAAGCCCGGUGUCCGCGUCCGGCGCCUGUGGCGCUGCCGGGAGCCAGGUGGCCCGCCCGAGCCGGAACUCCGGGAGCAGCGGGUGCGGAGCCGGAGCAGAGCCGGCCCGGGACCGGCCCCGGCGAACGGCCGGAGCGCGAGCGAAGCCCGAAGGGCCGGGCAGCGGACCGGCUGGCCGGCCUAGGAGGGCGCGAGCGAGGCAGGGAGCGGCGCGGAGCGGGCUGCGGGAGGACGGGCGGGAGUGGAGCGGCGGGGGGCGAGGGGAGCGGAGAGGAGCGGAGCGCGGCGGCGGGGCCCGCACGGCGGCGCUGAGGGGCGCAGAGCUGCGCCGACCCGAGACGGCCGGAACAGAGUGCGAGCCAGGCGGCUGCCGGCGCGGAAUGAAGUAGCGCGGAGCGGAGGGCAUCUGAGGGACCCGACAAUAUGAGGAGUGCGGCGCCGCCGCAGCCGCCACCGCCCCAGUGCCCCGCACCGCCCCCCGCCGGGACGCCGGGCAGCGCCUAGCGGGCCGGGCGGCGGCGCCCGGGCUGAGAGCUAGGGAGCGCGGGAGCGGCGCGGGGACGGCACGAGAGCGCCCCGCGACUCCGGCCUGAGUGGGGCCCCGGGCCAGCCGGCCUGCCUCACCAUGCAGCCCCCGAGGUAGAGCCUGGACGGCGCCGAAGAGCGCGGAGCGGCGCGCAGCCCGCCCGCCCGCCCCAGACGGCCGUCCGGCCUCGCGCCUGCCUACUCCCUCCAGCCCGGACACCCCUGAAAUAUGUUCAGGGGCGCUUGGAUGUGGCCCGGAAAAGACGCCGCCGCGCUGACUAUCUGCUGCUGCUGCUGCUGCUGGGCUCCCAGGCCGAGCGACAAACCUUGCGCCGACUCCGAGCGGGCGCAGCGAUGGCGACUGUCCCUGGCGUCCCUGCUCUUCUUCACCGUGCUGCUCGCUGACCAUCUGUGGCUGUGCGCGGGGGCCCGGCCCCGGGCCAGGGAGCUGAGCAGCGCCAUGCGGCCGCCCUGGGGGGCCGGCCGUGAGCGGCAGCGGGUGCCUCCUCGCGCGGUGCUGCCGCUGCCGCCGCCGUCGCCCGGCGAGCCCAGCGCGCCCCCGGGCACCUGCGGCCCGAGAUACAGCAACCUGACCAAAGCCGCCCCCGCCGCCGGCUCCGGGCCGGUCUGCGGCGGCGUCCCAGAGCCCACGGGGCUGGACGCAGCUUGCACCAAAUUGCAAUCUUUGCAGAGACUUUUCGAACCGACUACCCCGGCCCCCCCUCUGCGGCCCCCUGACUCCCCUUCCCGUGGCCCGGCCGAGUUCCCCACCGCCAAAAAAAACUUGCUCAAAGGCCACUUUCGGAACUUCACUCUCUCCUUUUGCGACACCUACACGGUCUGGGACUUGCUGCUGGGGAUGGACCGCCCCGACAGCCUGGACUGCAGCCUGGACACCCUGCUGGGGGAUCUGCUGGCCGUGGUGGCCAGCCCAGGUUCCGGGGCCUGGGAGGCGUGUAGCAACUGUAUCGAGGCGUACCAGCGGCUGGACCGACAUGCUCAGGAAAAAUAUGACGAGUUCGACCUCGUGCUGCAUAAAUACUUACAGGCAGAAGAGUACUCAAUCCGGUCCUGCACGAAAGGCUGUAAGGCUGUCUACAAGGCCUGGCUGUGCUCAGAAUACUUCAGCGUGACCCAGCAGGAAUGCCAGCGCUGGGUGCCCUGCAAGCAAUACUGCCUGGAGGUGCAGACCCGGUGCCCCUUUAUACUCCCUGACAAUGAGGAAAUGGUGUACGGAGGGCUACCUGGCUUUAUCUGUACAGGGUUGCUGGAUACUUCACCAAAGCGGCCGGAAACCAAGUGCUGUGACGUGCAGUGGGUCUCCUGUGAGUCGGAGAAGAAGAAGUUCAAGGAGCCUGAGGCCCCCAAAACCCACCACCAGCAAUUCCACCACUCCUAUUUCCACCACUACCACCAACAGUACCACCACUACCACCCCCGCCAUGACCUCCCAGGCCGCGUCAGCCACAAGCCCUCCCUGCUGCCGGUCUCUGGGGGUUCCCGCCUCAGCCCCAGCAGGAUUCGGCUCUGUGUCCUUGUUCUCAUGCUCCUCCAUACCAUGGUGUCCUUCUCCAGCAACCAGGGUGGUGGGGGACUGGGGCUGGAGACACUGCCUGCCCUAGAGGAGGGCCUGACACAGGAAGAGUGACAGUAGGGAGGGAGAACAGACCUCCACCACACACUGACAGCUCCAGCCCCCCUAGGUGGGAGGGAGGGGGCUCCUCCCAUGGGAGGUAUAGAACCAGGUGGGGAGCGGGGGGAAAUGGGGGACUACACAUCACCCCCAACCUACCCCCACCCCAAAAGCAGCUCCAACAGAACGGCCAGAGGGCCCCAGGGAGCUGAAAAACUCAUCCGGGAGAAAAAGGCAGGAGUAGCAGGUGCCCCCUCCCAAGACCCCAUCUAUGGGGCUUAGCAAACAAAGGGGGGGAGUGGGGGCUGGAAAUGCCCACCGCUGCCAAGAGCCCUGACCCCAGGGAAUGAGGCUGCUCACCCAGCCUCGGCCCUGCAGGGAAUGUUGAGGGGCCCAGAGGGGAGAAGCUCUUUCACCCCCUCCACAUUCCUUUUGUUGCCAGGAUCCUUAAUUCCCUCCUGCCCAUAUCCCUACAGGCGACGGCAGACAGUGCAAUGGCCCUCCUGCCACUUCAGUGCACCUUGCCCCACCUGGGGCCAUCACAGGUGAAGCACUAGGCUGAGAGAUGAGGUGUUCACAGUUGCAGCUAUGUCGGGGCCCCAGUUAAGCUGUGCCCCACCACCCUAGGCAAUGGGGGAUAGGAGUGGGGUACAGAAUGAGUGGUAAGAGAGAGUGAAGACAGGGAAGGCGAGAGAAGAGGAGAAAUGUGAACAGAGGGCUUGGAGAGAUGGCCAAAUGGGCAACUGCCACCUGGCUUUGGAGAGGUGGGCGGUUAGUGUUGAGGCAGGCUCAAGAGCUGCUCCCCAAAUCAAAGAGAUUUCUCUCUCAAAGAGAGAGUUGCAUAAGGAGCAAGAGGAAAAGCACAGGAACUGAGUUAUUGGGCCUUGAAACGGAAGGCCGAGGGCAUGUGGUUAGACUGCUGCUGUCUGAAGGGCCAUAUCUUACAGAAGGUGCACAUACUCCCAAGGGCCGCUCUUGCCCUGGAGAUCUUGGCCUUGGGGCCAAAGAUGUUUCCAUUUCCAAUCUCCAUGGGGAGGAGGGACUUAAGCCCAAGUGGGUCAGGCCUGGCCUGGGUCCUCCAUACUCCCCAAUCUUGUCCAAGCCCAGGCCUCCAUGAAGGAGAACCUGGUGGAAUUUCCCCAGAACUCUCCAGAGAUGAGCCUCCCCCAUCCCUGCCCUGUCCCUGUCCCCAGCCUACCAAAGAGUAUUCAUCCUUUCCCAUCCCUGACCCCAUGGGUUACUAUCCCAGCUGUGGAACAACCAGACUCCUUUUUACCCUGUAGCAGGGUACCCUGCUCCAGUUACCCCCAUCCCUUGCUGGAGAAAGUCCAGAGACUGGCAAGAGGACCCUUUGACUAAAGACAAUGUGGUGUCAUCUCUUGGCUGAGAGACUUGGAAUGUUUAGUCUGGCUAGAGGGCAGGACGAGAGAAGAGACAUCAAGUGCCCCUUGGGGGGAAUCAUUAGCUUUUCCCUGGUCUGCUGGGGGAGGGCAGGUUUCCUGGGACAUCUAAAAGCCAAUAAGAGCCAACAAGAAAGGGAGACAGAACUGUGUUUCUGGGGCAGGCCAGGGGGCUUUCAGUGCCAGAAGGGCCUGUGUCCUUCUAGGAUGUGAUGCUCGUGAGUAAAGGGAGGGGUGGGCCUGGAGCUGCAUUAGAGUGAAACCCAGAGGAUGAUGGGGAGGGGAGAGCUGCCCUUGGUCGGCUUAGGGAUGAAUGGGAGGCCUCCCUAGGAGAGGGAAUCAUUCAUGCAUGGGCCUCAGCUGGGUCCCAAAUCGGCUUCGUGAGCCUGGGGAGUCUUUCCUUGCCAGUUUUCUCAUUUCUCACAGGCUGUUCCCCCACGCUGGGCCCUGCCCACACACUCCUCUGUUUGGGCCUCAGCACUUUGGGCCCGGCCACAUACUCCAUCCCUAGAGUGCUCUUUUCAGCUGGGAAGGGGAAGAGGUGCUGGCUCCUUUCCGGACAUGCUUAUGUGUAAGUGAAGGGGCAGGUGCUUGGGCUCCAGAGAGACCCUAGGUACUGCCUUCUAACUCCUGCAUCCUCAGGAGGGGAAAAGGGACUGGGAAGUAAAGGGGGACCAUGUGGCCCCAGGGAAUGGACCCUUGGAGACUCCCAUCCUCUCUUCCCCCUCACCAAGUGCCCAGGAGACCCCUGGCUCAGACCAGCCCAAGGCCUUGCCCAGUGGCAGGGGAAAGGGGCACCACACUCCACCUCAAAGUCAUUUGACUGCCCCCAUCCGCCCCACCGCCCCAAUAUUCCACCACCUCUCCGGCUGCCCCUGCCCUCCAUCACAGGCAGCAGAGCCGGGCAGCUUUCUUCUGCCAUUUUCUACACUGUGCUUCAUGAGUAGGACUUUCUUGCACUAGUCCCUAUGACUGAGUCUCCAAGCUGGUUUCUUAGUAGUCCCCCAUCCCUUCCUCCUUUACCCGGCUAUGAUUCAGUUGUCUCUACCCUCCCUCUUACUCCUGCCUCUGUGUUCGGUGAGAGUCUCUGUAUUUGUACUGCUUUCUGUUUUGUUGCAUUGUGGGGCAGAGGCCUCUCUGCUCUUGUUUAACCCCAUACAGAAAUAAAUGGUAAGACUUGAUGAUAA